AGGACAAUCCUGGUGGGAAUUAUCAAUCUGACUGACUUGUUGUCUGCAGUGUUAGAUUAAAGAUUGUUUCAUAAUGAGGACAGAUCUCAGUCAGCAGCCCCUCAAAGGGAACACUCAACCUCUGAGUGAUGUGUUUGGUUGUCAGCUUUAAUAACUCCUCUGGCUGAUAGUCUAUUGACGUGUUUUUCCAGGAUUAGGCGACGCGGAGGAUGAUGCCGUCCUGUAAAUACUGACUGACUGAUUGGCUGGUUGCCGCCCAGUGAUGUAGUCAGCUGGCGUUAGGAUAUUAUGUGGCUGAAGAGCAGGAUCAUAAUUCCAUUAAAGUGUGACCUGGUGAUGAGACAAGGAGCUGUCAGCAGCAGACGAGUGUGUCAUUGUCACCAGACAGCUUAAAGAUAUUAACAAAACAAAGUCUGAUUCCAUAUUGCAGGGACGGUUUCUCACUGUUGUAGUUCAGAGCUCUACCUCUGUUCCCCCAGUCUUAAGAGGAGUCCUGGGCUUUAAAACAACCAUCAUCUUAGUCUUUUGCCUCUAUUUUUGAUCAUUUUUACCCUCUCUCUCUCUCUGCAGACACUCCACCAUGGGUGUGAAGAUGCUGCAGUGUUUUCCUUUCUACAGACGCUGUAAAGAACGCUGCAAGAGCAGACAGUGCCCCCCAGCAGCAGUCCCCGUGGAGGAGAUGAAGCCCCGUCUGUGCUCCACCACCUCGUGGAGCAGCGACAGUGAAGGAUCCGGCAGUCUGAGUCGCGGCUCUCAGAUCUACUUCUCCACCAAGGCCCGCCUCUCCUUCAGACACCAGCUGGACAGCAACAUCAACGCCGUGGACGCCACCUACUGAGGACGCCACCUACUGAGGACGUCUACACGCUGUGGGGACGUUUUCUAUCUGCAGACAGCUGAGCGUCUCAUCACCUUUUAGAUGCAUUAAACAAUAGUUGCAUUUUAACCCUCGUUGCUCGCUAAGAAACUGUGGAUGAUGACUCAGAUUGAACACAGACCCGAGGAGGACAGGCCCAGACACACUUGGUUUUCAAUCUCUGUGCAUUGAGAUUUGAUAAAGAGACGGACACGAUGCUGACGGGAGAGAGAAGAAAACCUAGAGACUUGUUUACAGAUGUCACAGCCAAAAAGUGCAUUACUUUUAUUUUUUUUUUACUGUUUCUUUCUCUUUUUUUAACCCCUGUAUGGAAAUAACUGCAGAUUUUUCUAUUGUGUUUCACAAAGCAGGAUGACGGAGUAAAAGCUGAUACAUACAGGAGCAUCUCAAUAAUUAUCAGAAUAUCAUAAAAACGUUUAUUUAUGUGAGAAAUUCUAUUCAAAAAGUGGAUUAACACAUUAUAUAGAUCCAUUACACACAGAAUGAAACAUUUCAUGACUUCAUUUAUUUAAUCUAAUUAUAAUGAUUAUGGCUUACAUUUAAGGAAAAUUCAGUGUCUUAAAAAAAAAGUUUAAUAUUACAAAAGACCAAUUUAAAAAGUGUUUAAUAUGGAAAUGUUGGCCUCUGAACAGUUUGUCCAUCUACAGUCAUGGAAAAAAUGAUAAGACUCAUCGUUCAUUUUAAUGCCUGGUACAAAUAUUUGUACAUUUGUUCGGACGAUACACUGAAAAAACAUUGUAACAUUGUGUUUACUUAAAAAAACACAGGAAGUGUUUGUAAUCUUUACUCAGGCUGUUUCUAAGUAAUAUUUAUUUAAUAAAACCACUUAUUUUUUAAAAUUAAAAAUACACAAGUAAAUUGCAGAUUCACUGAUGUCCCUCAAUUACUUAACCUACUGCCCCCGCGACCCGGCCCAGGAUAAGCGAUAAGCCAAUGAACUGGUUUAGUGAAUAUUACUUGGAACGAAUGAUUCAAUUUACAGACAAAACUGAGGACACAUAAUAACAAACAAUCACCAAGUAAUGCACGACAUAAAAAAACUGCUAUUUCAAAGUAAGAGCACUGAAUUUGUAUUUCUUUGUAGAAUUUAUAUAGAUGAUUGAAAUAAUAAUUACAGGGCCAAAGAAAUCUAUUUUUUUCAGUGUAAUAACUAAAAUCAUUAUCAAUAAAACCAUGUUAAAUGUUAGAUAUCAGCUCUUAAAUUAAACUCUCAUCAGCUAUUUUUGUUAUCAUUAUAUUUGUCCAAACAAAUGUACCUUUAGUUGUACCAGACAUUAAAAUGAACAAGAAACUGAAGAAAAAGGGUGGUCUAAUAUUUUUUUCCAUGACUUGGUUUGGGAUAUUUGACUUGAACUACUAUAAAUGGACUUUUCCAUCAUAUUCUAAUGUAUUAAGAUGCAGCUGUACUUUAAGAACAGAGACGUUUGUUCUCCUGCAGGGCUGCAAGAACAAAAUGACAUAAUUUUGUUCUUGUAGCACAUCAUCUGGGAACAACUUUUUUCUCGUGUGGUGUUCAGGAGCUUUGAGGACUUCCCAGGAGUUGUGCAGUGGAGUUUCUGGUGAAGAAUGAAAUGUUUGCUGUGCUUCAUGUGACUAACGAAGAUGCUCAGAUGCUUUUUCUGCCUCUAGUCAGUUUCUCUUUUUAAAGCAAACUGAGCUGCGUUCCAAACAUUUACACUAGAGCUCAAAAGUUUGGGUUCACCCAGAAAAUGUCUGUGUUUUCCAUGAAAACAAACUGUUUUAUGGAUGAAAUGAGUUACAGAAAGAAUCAAACAUAUAGUAAAGACAAUGAAAAAGGUAGAAAUAAUCAUUUUAACCUGCACAAAUCUCAAACUUUACCUCUAGAGACUCAACCAGCCUGAGGAAGGAUCAUUGUAUUAAUACUGUUUUCAGCUGCAAAUGAUUUGUUUCUUGUGUGUGUUAAAUAAUCUAUCUUGUUUUAAGA